CCGGUGCUCCAAUCCCCCAAAACUAACAAAAUUUACAGAGAUCGACUAAUUCGAGAAUGGCGGAGCUAUCGGAGUCAGAUGUGAUGUGGCCGGAAAACGAGAACGCGAGCCACCGGACCGCCAUCAAGCGGUCCGUUGAACCGGACAACCGCCGCCGCUCAGGAAUCUCACGGCGAAGAGAAAGAACAGAGCCGGUGAGCAUACCCCCGGCGGUGGCCCGGCGACCGUUUGAGGAAUCGGAAUCGGAAUCGGAGACGGAAGAAAUGGUUCCGCCCCACGUUCUGGUGUCCCGCAGAUGGAGCUCAGCCUCGGUUGCUUUCUCGCUGUCUUCCGGCCCCGGCCGCGCCCUCAAGGGCCGCGAUCUCAGACACGUGCGCAACUCCGUGCUCCGGAUGACCGGCUUCCUUGAGAGCUGAGUGGAUUCCUUUAGGUCAUGGGAUGAACCUGCAGGACACUGCACCGGCAUUUCUAAGAGUACAAGUUAUUGAACGUUUUUUGUUUGUUUGGUAAUGCAAUAAGAUAUUUGCAGUAAAAGGUUAUAAGUGUAAUUAGUACAGCCAAACAGUUUUGUUUGAGUGCACGUCUGUAAUUUCAGAAAUAAGAAAAUUGUUUGAAUUUACAUAAA